UCUAAAUCACUUGUUAUUAUGAAUCGGAUACCAUAGCAUUCCCUAACACUACACUAACACAUUGGAAAUGUUGACAUCUUUAGAUUAAGUCACUAUCCUGGCUCACUUCCUCGAGCAAAAUAGUAGAAUAAAGCAGAGUUUUCUUCACCACGAAUCACAAGUCCGGAAUAUAGGUCAGGGUAAAAGGUAACCCACGUUAGUUUAUCGAAAACAUGGAGGAAGGAAGCUCGAAAACCGAGUUGCAGAAAUUGAGGGUUGUUGACCUCAAGCAGAAGCUAACUGCAGUGGGACUGACGACAACAGGGUUGAAAGCAGACUUGGUGAAUCGGCUCCACCAGCACUAUUUACAGGCUGCGCCAGCACAACCAGAUGUAUCCAGUCCACCAGCCAUUGGAUCCCCAGAUAUGGGGCAACCAGGGAUGUUUCAACAACAACAAGGGAUGCCUGACCCUCAACAAAUGAUGAUGGACCCUCAGUUAAUGGGACAGCCUCAAAUGAUGAUGUCACCACCUGGAAUGGAGCAGCGCCAGAUUGAACAACCGCAAAUGAUGGGACAACAGCAAAUGAUGGAACAGCAGAUGAUGCAGCAGCAAAUGAUGGAGCAGCAGCAAAUGAUGGAACAGCGAAGGAUGGCUGAGGAGCAGCAGCAAAGAGAACAGCAGCAGAAAAUGAUGGAACAGCAAAGAUUAGCCGAGGAACAGCGAAGAAUGGCAGAGGAGCAACAGCAAAGAGAGCAACAACAGCAAAUGAUGGAACAGCAAAGAUUAGCAGAAGAACAGCGGAGAAUGGCUGAGGAACAGCAGCAAAGAGAACAUCAACAGCAAAUGAUGGAACAACAAAGAUUAGCCGAGGAACAGCGGAGAAUGGCUGAAGAGCAGCAGCAAAGAGAACAGCAACAACAAAUGAUGGAACAGCAAAGAUUAAUGGAAGAGCAAAAAUUGAGGGAACAGCAGCAACAACAAAUGAUGGAACAGCAAAGACUUAUUGAAGAGCAAAAGCAAAGAGAGCAUCAGAUGAUGGAACAACAACGGUUAGCUGAAGAGCAGAAACAGAGGGAAUUACAUAUGAUGGAACAGCAAAGGCUUGCUGAAGAACAAAAACAGAGGGAGCAACAGCAGGCCUUGGAGCAGCAAAGAUUAAUGGAAGAACAGCGUCAACGUGAGCUUCAAAUGAUUGAACAGCAAAGGGCCUUGGAAGAGAAACAGAAAGCAGAACAGCAAAGGCAAAUAGAGGAACAGCAAAGGGCAAUGGAACAGCAAAGACAAAUUGAAGAGCAGAAACGGAGAGAGAUGGAACAACAAAGAAUGCUUGAAGAGCAGAAGCAGAGGGAACAGCAGCAACAAAUGGAACAGCAAAGAAUGCAAGAGGAGCAAAGACAGAGGGAGCAGAGAGAGCAACAAGUUAUGGAACAGCAAAGACUGCAAGAGGAGCAAAGACAAAGGGAGCAACAGCAAAUGAUUCAACAACAGAGAAUAAUAGAAGAACAGCGACAGAGGGAGCAACAGCAGAUGAUAGAGCAGCAACGUUUGAUUGAAGAGCAAAAGCAGCGAGAACAGCAACACGCUUUAGAACAGCAGCAUCGUCAGCAAGAGGAACAGCAAAGAAUAAUGCAAGAACAGCGUAUGCGAGAAGAACAGCAAUUAAUGGAAGAAGCCCGGCAGAGGGAAAUUCAGCAACAACAAUUAGAAGAGCAGAAACAUCAAGAGCAACAAGCGCAACAAUCUCAAGUUACUGUUGCAGCAAUGCCGAUACCCCCACCCAAUCUCAGCAUGCCUCCCCCAGGGAUCCCAGCAGCCAAGCCCCCAGGGCUUCCCCAGCAGUUCCAACUUCCCCCAGGAGGUAUCUCAGAGCUGAGUGAAGAGGAGAGGGUGAACCUUGCCCAGCAGCAGAGUAGAUUCCUGGAGCAGCAAGAGCAAGAGAGGAUUAAGAUUCAGCAACAACAACAACUACUCAAGGAGCAAGAAAAGGCAAUUGAUGCUGAGUUACAGCAGAAGGUCAUGCUCCAACAACAGCUACUGGAGGCUGAUAAACAGCGCUCUGUGAUGGAGCAGCAACGGCUGUUAGAACAGCAGAAAGAAGCAUUGGCCCUUCAGCAACAAGAGUUGCUACAGCAGGAGAAGGAUCGUCAACAACAACAGGCAUUGCUAGCCCAGCAACAACAGCAGCUAAUGAAGGCGGCCCAGGACAGACAUCUUAUGGAGCUACAGCAACAGGCCUUACUUGAGAAGCAACGUGAAAUGGCGAUCCAGAAACAACAACAAGAAGCAGAGAUGCUACACCAACAGCAGAUUGCAUUGAUAGAACGACAGAGGGAGGAACAGGAGAAGAUCCAACAGCAGCAGCGUAUGAUAUCUGAGCAACAGCAACAACAAAGAUCUGCUCCCCUUCUAGGGCCUCCACCAGGCAUGCAGCAGCAAGGUCAACCUCCUGCAGUCCAGGUACCUCCCCAGGGGCCACCUGCUCAGCCCCCUCAAGUUCAACCACCAGGCAUGCAGCAAGCUCCCCAACUGAUUCAACAGCAGGGUCCUCCAAGACCUAAGACACCACCUCCUCUUAUGUCCCUAGAGACUGUACCUCCACCCAUACCUGUCAAGGUAGAAUUACAAGAGCCCAAGGAAGUGAAGCUACCGCCUGCACUGGAGAAAGUUCUUGCAUUCAAAGAAGUCCGUGCCCAACAGAUUGGCAUCACUCAAGAGGAGUUUGAGGAAGGUGACAUCAUUCAAGAUGAGGCUGAAGAGCCAGCUGUUGUAGAAGCAGAAAAAGGGAAAUCAGCAUUCAUGGCGGACUAUGGACAUGCCACUGAGAAGGAGAAACCUGAUACAAAAGAGUCCAAGAAUAAGAAACGCAAGAAGAAGAAGAAGCGUGCCAAGCAUAGGUGGGCAGAACAAGAAACGAAGAAAGAGGAGGUCACUCAGAAUGAUGACGAUGACGAUGAUGUUGAAGUGGAGUAUGUGCAGGAAGAACUGCACAUUGAUCCAUCUGAUCCCAACUUCAGGAUAUUCAAUAAGAUCUUCAAGGCUUUCAAGAUCACGGAAGAGAAGCCAGUAGAGCCAAUAAAAGAAGAACCAGUUGCUCCUGUUGUUGUCAAGAAGAAACCAGAGGAAGAGAAAGAUGAAGAUGACGAUGAUUCUGAUGAGGAACUGCCCAAGAAAGACGAUGAUGAUAAGCCAAAACUCUCAAAGAAGAAAAUGAAGAAAUUGAAUAGACUAAGCGUAGCAGAGUUGAAACAGUUGGUUGCUAGACCAGACGUCGUGGAAAUGCAUGAUGUCACAGCUCAAGAUCCAAGGCUCUUGGUCCAUCUGAAAGCAACCAGGAACACUGUCCCAGUGCCACGACAUUGGUGCUUUAAGAGGAAAUAUCUACAGGGGAAACGUGGUAUAGAAAAGCCACCUUUCGAGCUACCAGAUUAUAUUCGGGCCACUGGGAUCAUGGAGAUGAGAGAGGCUUUACAAGAGAAGGAAGCUGAGAAAUCCAUGAAACAAAAAAUGCGGGAGAAGGUUCGUCCAAAGAUGGGAAAGAUUGAUAUUGAUUACCAAAAACUUCACGACGCUUUCUUCAGAUAUCAAACCAAACCUAAGAUGACUAUGCAUGGUGAUCUUUAUUACGAGGGUAAAGAAUUUGAAACAAGAUUAAAAGAAAAGAAACCUGGCAAUCUCAGUGAUGAUCUCAGGACUGCUUUAGGAAUGCCCAUAGGUCCAAAUGCAGACAAGUUCCCUCCACCUUGGUUAAUAGCCAUGCAGCGCUAUGGUCCUCCACCCAGCUACCCUAAUUUAAAAAUACCUGGACUCAAUGGUGCAAUACCUGAGGGUUGUUCAUUUGGCUACCAUGCUGGUGGAUGGGGCAAGCCUCCUGUUGAUGAACACGGCAAGCCUCUGUAUGGAGAUGUUUUUAACACAAGCACUGGUGAGGCUGUUGCCCCAGUGACAGAAGAAGAAAUAGAUAAGACUCAUUGGGGAGACUUGGAGUCUGAGUCUGAAUCAGAAGAAGAGUCUUCAGAGGAAGAAGAAGAGGAGGAAGAAGCUGAUAAAUCGGGGCUUAUUACUCCGGGAGAUGCGGGUCUUAUUACUCCAAGUGGGGUGACAUCUAUACCUCAAGGUCUGGAGACCCCUGAAAUGAUAGAGCUGAGAAAAAGACGUAUUGAGGACCUUAUGGAGGGAGGAGACACUCCUGCACAAUUAUAUCAAGUUUUACCAGAAAAACAAAGAUCUGUUGGCUCAGGCAUGAUGGGAUCUGCACAUAUGUAUGAUAUAUCGGCUGCUGCAGCUGCUGCUGGUAGGAAAGGUGACAAAGUUGCUGAAGGUGUUGAGAUUGCCCUUAAUCCUGAGGAGCUUGAUCUUGACACUGCAGCCAUGCAAGCCAAGUAUGAUGAGACAAUGAGGGAACAACAGUCACAGUUAGAAAAAGAAGAUUUAAGUGAUAUGGUGGCAGAACAUUCAGCAAAGCAGGCCAAGAAGCGGAAAAAGCAACAAGCAGAAAGUGAAAGAAAAGGAGCUAAAAAAUAUAAAGAAUUCAAAUUCUAGCAUAGACUUUCACUUUACAUUUUUAUUUUAUAUCCAAACAAUCAUGAUUCAUCAAUGGACAAGGAUGUAAACAACUACGAACAGUGUAUACGACUGAUAUAAGAACUUUUACAGCCAAACUUGUAUCGAUACUUUCUUAUCCCAAAAUAUCUCCGUUGAACUGAUCCAAAAUCUAUAAUAGUUAAAUGCUAUUAAAUAGUGCACAUUAAUUUUGAUCAUUGAACCCAUUAUAUUUUCAACAUAUACAAUUUUUUCAAUGGAAUUAUCUGUUCUGUUCUCUUUUCUCUAUAGUUGUAAUUCAACAUUUUGAAUGUUCAUAAAUAUAAUGUUAAAAUCAGCUUGUACUUCGCUGUAAUCAGAUUUUCUGGAAAGGUCUGACAAUACAUCAAUGAUUUGUCCUUAUCAUGUACCAUUCAAUUAUUAGCCACAUGUUAUAAUGUAUGCUAUUUAAUAUGAAUACAAAAAAAUAAAUAAAAUAUAAAAGCCA